UUAAAUCUCCAGAUUGCUCGCGUGCACGUGUGUAAUCGGACGUCUGGACGUGUCCUGUAAAUUUCUGUUAAUGAGGGCAGAUUUGGAAAACAACGUUAACAGAAUUAAAUAAUUUGAUGAUGAUGGUAUUGAAAGAGUUUGAACUUUCUGAUUGGAAAACUCUUCAGUGACAAGAUGGAGGCAGAAGAUGACAAUCGAUUUGCCAUCAUCAGCCAUGACCCCCGCUUCCGGAAAAUCUCCCAGCGGGCGCGCAAGGUCAAAAUUGACAAGCGCUUCCACGGAAUGUUCAAGGAUGACAACUUCAAGCUGAAAUACACCGUGGACAAGAGAGGGCGCCCCAUUAACCUGACAUCCAACGAGAACCUGCGGAAGUUUUACGAGUUGUCCAGCUCAGAGGACGAUGAGAGCAGUGAAGAAGGUGAAGUUGCCCAGUCUGCUUCUGGUGAGGAUGUCGGUAAAGAGGCCUCAUCCAAAAUAAGGAGACUUUCAGGGAAAGAAAAACUCAAGGAUCAACUGAGGAGAAGAAAGGAGAGAAGAGUCGAGAAGCCGAAGACGCUGGCACCAAAAAGUAAAGUUGAUGGAGCUGACGAACACCAGAAAAGGCCUGUGCAAGGCACUACCGAUGAAGAUGACACUGAUGAUGAUUCUGAUCGGGAUUCUGGUGAUUCCAAGGACCACAGACCCUCCAGAUCCAAACGGGCUGACCUCCCGGCAAAACAGUCCUUACCCCUCAGGGUGGAUCUGGCCCGGGGCCAGGGGAACAUGGAGAGUUCCUCGGACUCCGACUCCGACUCGGACUCUGAUUACGGGAGCAGCGAUCGGGAGGAAGCAGGGCCGGAACUCCAGUGGGGGGAGCUGGACCGCGACGCCCCCCGCAGUGGGGACCAGUCGGCCAGGCUGGCACUGUGUAACAUGGACUGGGACAGGGUGACAGGAAAUGAUCUGCUGGUGUUAUUCAACUCAUUCAAACCAACUGGUGGUGUGAUACACUCAGUCAAGAUUUAUCCCUCAGAGUACGGUCUGGAGAAGAUGCGAGAGGAGGAUGCAAGAGGGCCAGCGGAACUCGUGGAGGACGGAGGCAAGAGUGAGGAGAUAGGGGACGAUCGUCAUGACGACAACCUCUUGCAAGAGAAACUCAGGAAGUACCAGCUGCAGAGGUUGAAAUAUUACUAUGCAGUUGUGGACUGUGACAGCGUUGGCACAGCUGCUGCAUUGUAUGACCACUGCGAUGGCAUGGAGUAUCAGAGCAGUUCCACUAAACUGGACCUCAGGUUCAUCCCCGACGAUGUCGCGUUUGAUAAUGAGCCCAAGGAAGUGGCGACGGAGCUACCGGACACCUCUCUCUACAAACCCGUGGAGUUCCGCACCUCCGCGCUGCAUCAGUCACGCGUGGAGCUGACUUGGGACGAGACAAGCCACCAGCGAGCCAUCAAGACCGCCGAGGCCUUCAAGAAGAAGAACGUGGAGGACAUGGACGUCAGUGCUUUCCUGGCUUCUUCCAGCGAUGAGGACGGUGAAGAACGAUGGGAGCUUGAUUUUGACGACAAGGCAGGCGGGAGACGAAAGGAAGAGGAGGCCCAGGAACACAGCGCAUCACUGAGCGAGGACCAACAGAUUGCCAAGUACCGGGCACUCCUGAGGGAAGCGGACACCGACCGUCAGACAGAGAACGAUAAACAGAUGGAGAUGGAGAUCACAUGGGAACCAGGUUUAAAAGACACAGCAGAGGAACUCGUGAAGAAAAAGUCAGAGAGAACGGCAGAGGCCACACCUUGGGAAAAAUUCCUAGAAAAGAAGAAGGAGAAGAAGAAGAAACAAAAAGGAAAGAAGACAGAGGAACAGAUGGAGGGAACCAAUCAGAACACUGAUCUCGCCUUCAGUGAUGAUGAACUUCCCGAUGGUGUCGAUUUGAACGAUCCUUUCUUCAAAGACGCACUGAAGGAGGAUGGGGUCAAAGGUUCCAAGAAGAAAAAGAAGACAAAAGGUAGAAAAGAGGAAACUGUCGGGGAGGAAGACAAAGACAAAGUCCAGCAGAACAAGUCUGAGCUUGAGUUGCUGUUCAUGGACGAGGACAGCGACGGCAAGAAACACUUCAAUCUCAAGCAGAUCAUGGAGAAUGAGAAGACCCUGAGCAAGAAGGCCAAGCGAAAGAAGAGGCGACAACAGCAGCAGGAGGAGGCCACAAAAUACGAGGAUGAUUUCCAGAUUGACGUGGGCGACAAUCGCUUCCAGGCGAUGUUCACCUCUCAUCUGUACGCCGUGGACCCGUCGGACCCGCACUUCAAGAAGACCAAGGCCACCGAGGCCCUGCUCGCUGAACGACAGAAAAGGAGACUGAAGGAAGAGGAGAGACAGGGCGUGGUGACCACACCCAGAGCCACACCCGAGACCACACCCAAAGCCUCAAAGUUGGUCAAGCGAGAUGCCGAACUGUCGAUGCUCAUCAAAUCCGUCAAGAACAAGACAGACCAGUUCAAGGAACGGAAGUUAAAACGGCAGAAAGUGAAAUAAUCCAAAACUUCAUUUUUGUGGAUUCAGCCGUGUGUGGAAUAAUUAUUGUACUAUUUUUAAAGUUUCCAUUAAACAAUUGUUGACUGCCGUGAUGUGGGAUAUGGCGUUUUUAACACCCGAGGGUCCCAUUGCACCCGAGGCGAAUCUUGAGUGCAAAAGCCACAAGAUAAGUUUUGUUCCUCUAGAAUGUGCAUGAUGUCAACAACGCGAACUAUGCGUGUCACUGCAGAUGUGCAAACAUUAUAUUCUAAUCAAACACAGAAGCAUUAGAAUCUUCAAUCACUAUGCUUCGGGUGUCAAAACAGAAGUAAAAAUCCUGCCUUUACGAAAAUCACAUUUUAGUUAUAUUGUAACUUCUUAACCAGUUCGCGCCGGAUGUUGUUGUGUAUACCUGCAAUUGUUUUGCGGUAUCCGUAACGGAUGUUAUAUAAACACGCAGGGGGCGACCCGCUCACAGCGAGUGAGCGAGGCCUGAAAUAUGGGUGUGCUGCCCGAGGGUGAUAGCUUCAAGGGAUGACGGAUAACUACACAGGGAGCGAGGCUGGAAAUAUCUGUCAGCGACCCGCUCGCAGUGAGCGAGGCUAGAAAUAUCAGUGUGCUGCCUCAGGGUGAUGGCUUCAACCCGCCUGGCAUUGAGGUCAAGUGAAAAAUAAUCACGGGCCUCGUUCUAUUUUUGUCAAAAAAAUCCUGGCGUGAACUGGUUAAAAACUCAAAAAUGUUUUGAUAAAAAAUACAAUCAUGGUAUAACAAAGUAAUUGUCGUCUGUUGUGAUAUGGCCCACUGCACCCUUAAAGGCUUUAUGUGAUGUUUUUUUUUCUAGGAACACAUUUUGUGCAGCUUUCUACUCUUUAAUGUAUGAAAACUAUUGGACAUAUAUUUUGGUUGAUUUUAUUGAAAAGUGCAUUCUUUAAACAUUUAUAAAUUGUCCAUGGUUUUGUGGACAACUGAGGGAGCUGUUGGUGUGAUGUCAUUUCAGGAAGACACUGUUCAGUUUAGGGGUUUUCUGUUCAUAUUGUGAACCCAUAAUUUGCUCACUGAAUGAUUUGUGAGAAAAGUUUGCACUUAAAAACAUACAUCACAGCAGACAAAAAUUGUGUAAUGUACGCAUACAGAGGAAUGCAUAUGGACACAACUUAACUGUCUUUGUGUGUACUCUUAGAUUAUAUUGAAAUAUGAACUAUGAAUGUAUUUUAUGCCAUAAGGUCGAGCCUAGUGAUUUAUGUCAAUAAUCAGUAAUUGGUCUUAUUUUACAAAAUUGGUCUUACAUACAAACAACAUGUAAG